AUGUGUGGUGAUAAUGACCAUACACUAUCCCACCCAGAGGAUCGCACGGAUUCUUAUGUCGCCAGCAAUGAAAUGCCAGCAUGCUCCAUAAUACAGAAUAAGUGUAACAGCAGUGGAAUAGUUUACACUAAUGCUCAACCGGAGCUUGUAUCAGAUGAGAAGUUGGAAAAGUUAAGCUCAACUGGAGGCAUUAGCGAAGUUCGACAAGAGUUACUGCAGACUCGAGCUCUAGUCACUGAUCUCGAAACACGUUUGGACGUCAUCGAACGGACAAGCCAAGUCAUAGUAGAUGAAUUGAAAAACUUGAUAGAUGAAAUUCAGUAUGGAAGUGAAAGCCACAGUACAGUUGUCGAUAACGAUCGACAAUCAGAAAUCGACUUUGGCUCAACAGGCUUCAAUGAUUCUCUCUAUUGCAGCCAAUCAAAUACUAGUUUUUCCAUUCCGUCAUCUCCUUCUACUCAGACUGCCACUUCUAUAAUCUCUACGCCUACUAUUUGCUGCGAUGACGAUAAUCCCACCUUUGAGCGAAUAUCAGCCACACUACAAUCUCUCAUUCACGAUGCAGAACUCGCACUAGAUCGAACGUCGAAAUAUCUUGACUUGCCGAAACGACGUUCUCGUGCAUCUAGCUGGAGUUCGUCAGUCAGCAGUUGGAUAGUAAACAGAUAUUCGCCGACUCCAUCUCGAUGUGGCAAUGAGCAUUGUGUAUCGUGUGAAGAAUUGCCAAAUGGAAAGCAGAACGUGAUUGAGAACAGCACCGGAUAUUGUGUUUGCAAAAAGGAAGAGUUAAGUCAAAAACAGCAGCAGAUAAAGCAGUACUACCGACAGCAAUUGGAAAGACAUUACGAUUAUACAAAGAGUUGCAAUGACUUGGAAGAUGAGUUACAAAAGUUGAUGCACAUUGCAUUUUCUUCGAGAAUAAGCGAUAAUACAUGGAACAUUUCAAAACUCAGACAUUGGAUGUCGUGGGAAUACUUUCGAUCAAAGAUAACCGGCUUUAGUAAUUACACCGAGAGUAGCAUUGAAUAUACCGACGCAGAAGCAACAAACUGUAUGGAUGCAAGCAGAAUACAAGACGAGAUACGUUCUGAAGAAUGGUUCUACGAAUAUGACGAUGACUGGUCUUCCCGUUCAUCGGCGCAUCGCACGUCAUCUUCUCCACGAAGAUAUUCAACGUCACACUCUCUAUCAAGUUCAACGUCUCACAGUUCAUCCCAAUCAGAUGAUGGCUUGGUCGUAAACACUUUAAACAUCAAUCCAAAUAUUGUCAAUAUACGUUCCAUAGCUAUUUCUUCUUCCUUCUCUUCAAUUUUCCUAUCAACCAUUUUCCACUCAAACGUCCUCUUGUUACGUUACAUAAUCACGUCAGGUGGCGUCAUCUUCAGUAUAAUCAGAACACUUCUUGAACAAUCAUCCACAAGGCCUGUCACGAGGACAGGAGAAAUGUCGACAGGAAUAAAUGCCAUACUAGGCAAAUCAAUGAAACGAAGGAGGCAAGUUAGGCCCAUGGUUGCACUCUUAAAGUAUUUGAUCGUUUUAAUUUUUGGAUGGAUCCUAGGACGUGGUAGUGUAUUACGCAGAAGGAUCACAAAGACAAGCGUGUAUGAAAGAAGCGACAGAUUAAAGGCUGGCGAAGAUGAGGAAUACCAAACUUUGGAGUUGAUUAGGAGUAGUAGUACGAAAUUAUCCUAA